AUGCACUCACCUCCUAGAGGACAUCCCGCCAUCAUGCUCUGGAAACUGGUGGAAAAUGUGAAAUAUGAAGACAUCUACGAGGACCGGCACGAUGGAGUCCCCAGCCACAGUUCCCGGCUGUCCCAGCUGGGCUCGGUCUCUCAAGGCCCCUACUCCAGCGCCCCUCCGCUCUCUCACACCCCCUCCUCGGACUUCCAGCCGCCCUACUUCCCGCCGCCCUACCAGCCUCUUCCUUACCACCAGAGCCAGGACCCCUACUCCCACGUCAAUGACCCCUACGCCCUGAACCCGCUGCACCAGCCCCAGCAGCACCCCUGGGGGCAGCGGCAGCGGCAAGAGGUGGGCUCCGAGGCCGGCUCGCUGCUGCCCCAGCCGCGGGCUUCUUUGCCGCAGCUCUCGGGCCUCGACCCGCGGCGGGACUACCACUCCGUCCGGCGGCCAGACGUCCUUCUCCAUUCGGCUCACCACGGCCUGGACUCCGGCAUGGGCGACGCGCUUUCUCUCCACGGCAUCGGGCACCCUGGCAUGGAGGAUGUGCAGGCAGUAGAAGAUGCUAAUAACAGCGGCAUGAACUUGCUGGACCAGUCAGUCAUCAAAAAAGUUCCAGUUCCUCCAAAAUCUGUUACUUCCCUGAUGAUGAACAAAGAUGGCUUCCUUGGUGGUGUGUCUGUGAACACAGGCGAAGUGUUUUGUUCAGUACCUGGGAGACUCUCCUUGCUCAGUUCGACGUCCAAAUACAAAGUCACUGUUGGAGAAGUUCAACGGCGCCUUUCACCUCCAGAGUGCUUAAAUGCUUCUCUCCUUGGAGGAGUCCUUAGAAGAGCCAAAUCGAAAAAUGGGGGGCGAUCGUUGCGAGAGCGGCUAGAAAAAAUCGGUUUGAAUUUACCAGCCGGCAGGCGCAAAGCGGCAAAUGUCACUUUACUCACCUCCCUGGUGGAAGGAGAAGCUGUACACUUAGCUCGAGAUUUUGGAUACAUCUGUGAAACUGAGUUCCCGGCCAAAGCUGUUUCUGAAUAUCUGAAUAGACAGCACACAGACCCUACUGAUCUCCACUCCCGAAAGAAUAUGCUGCUUGCCACAAAGCAAGUUUGUAAAGAAUUUACCGAUCUUUUGGCCCAAGACCGGACACCCAUUGGCAAUAGCCGACCAAGCCCCAUCUUGGAGCCAGGGAUCCAGAGCUGCUUGACUCACUUCAGUCUCAUCACUCACGGCUUUGGGUCCCCGGCCAUCUGUGCUGCCCUGACUGCUCUCCAGAAUUACCUGACGGAAGCUCUCAAAGGCAUGGACAAGAUGUUCUUGAACAACAACUCUGCUAACAGGCACACUUCUGGGGAAGGACCAGCUUUGCCCGCUUGGCUUAUGAGCUUCUUCAAAGAGGACUAGAGCUCCGUACACAUUUCAUCAGAUUUUUCCCUAUCUCUUUUUUAACAAAAAACCAA